GGGCGCGCGGGUGCGCUCGGGGCGGCGGCGGCGGCGGCGGCGGCUGCAUGUGCGGGCGGGGGGCGGCGAGCGGGGCCGGCCGGGCGGCGAGCGGAGCCGGGCGCGGGGCGAGCGCAGCCCAGAGGAGCCGAGCGGAGCCGGCGGGCAGCCUCGCUCUGCGCUGGGAUUUAUGGAGGUGCUGAGGAGCAGCUGUGAGCCCCGCAGCCCCCGGCAGCCCAGCCUGUGAAGCAGCCCCCGGCCGCCUCUCCUCGUCCUGCCCAGCACCCCGACCCUCCGACCCAACCAUUCAAGGCUCCCGUGCAUGGAUCGCCCCAGCGAGGCACCGCUGCCGGACGCCGCCGACGCCGCCCCGUAGGCUCCCGGCCCCCCGUGCCGCCCCCAAGUACUCCACAUACCCCGAUGGGGUAACGUGACGGGGGCCACCCUCCCGCCACCACCACCCCCCAUAUGCAGAGGCCUUUCUAGAGCGCCCGGGAGCGCGCGGCACCGGAGGCAGCGGCCGCUCGCCGUCGCACACACGCAGAGGACGCCAACACUACAGCAAAGGGAUUUUUUUUUUAAUUAUUAUUAUUAUUAUUAUUUCAUUAAUAUUAUUUUUUUCCCCCCAUCUGGCUUUUUUUUUUCCCCCUGGGAGGCUUGUGGUGUGUCAAGGAAGCCGGUGCGCUCCCAGGAGUUGGGAUUAUUUGCACAACGUCUGUAUAUUGAGUUUUCGAUCCUGUUUUGUUUUUAUUUUUGAAGCGCAGAGGGGUUGUUGGGUUUUUGUUUGGGGUUUGUUUUUUUUUUUUUGCUCCUCCACACCACUCUUUUCUUGGGUUUUUAACCCUGCCACUGUCAGCACCACCUCACCUUCCCACUGUCCCCACCAUGGCCCGGAUGAACCGCCCUGCACCCGUGGAGGUCUGCUACAAAAACAUGAGGUUCCUCAUCACCCACAAUCCCACCAAUGCCACGCUCAACACCUUUUUGGAGGACCUGAAGAAGUACGGUGCCACCACGGUCGUGCGAGUGUGUGAAGUGACCUAUGACAAGACCCCCCUGGAGAAGGACGGCAUCACUGUCAUGGAUUGGCCAUUUGAUGAUGGAGCACCUCCUCCCAGCAAGAUUGUGGAAGAUUGGCUCAACUUGCUGAAGACCAAGUUCUGCGAGGACCCCGGUUGCUGCGUGGCCGUGCACUGCGUGGCCGGCCUGGGGCGCGCUCCCGUUCUUGUCGCGCUGGCCUUGAUCGAGAGUGGGAUGAAGUAUGAAGAUGCCAUCCAGUUCAUCCGACAGAAGCGCAGAGGAGCCAUCAACAGCAAGCAGCUGACCUACUUGGAAAAAUACCGACCAAAGCAGAGACUCCGAUUUAAGGACCCUCAUAACCACAAGAACAAAUGCUGCAUCAUGUAACCUCAAUGACCUCUUGCCAAAAUCCGUGCACAGACCCCCAGGCACUCGCACACAUCCCACCCCCUCACCUCCUGGCCCAGCCCUGCGCUCCCCAUGUGCUGCCCCUCUGCCAGGGCUGGGCUGGGGACGUGGAGCAUCUCCAGUGUGUUCCAGCACUCACAGCACACUCGUCUUGCUGGAUCCCCAAAAAAGGCUGCUCUCUCCAGCUGCAGCCCCAAGGAGGGAAGGCAGCACUGCCCUGAGACUCUUGGUGUUAGCAGGCAAUCAGCUUGUGUGACCAUUCUUCAUCACCAUCCUCCUUCCCCCUUUCCCCUCCCAUUGCACUGAGAGGGGUGGGCAAAGGGUGCUUGGUUUGGGGUGAUGCAGGCAGGGCUCUGCCAGCUGAGAAGGGAUGGGGUGCAGAAGUGCCAGAGCACCCCCAGAAAAACCUUUCCCCACCUCUUCCCCAUAAAUUAAGGGCUGCAGCAGCAGGGAUGGAGGUGGGGAUGGCACAGUGGCCUCGGGGGGGACGGUGGUGAUAGCAGGAAGAGGUGACAGGGCCUCUAAGCUCAGUGACCUUGUGACCAGGGGAGGGGCUGAGCUAAGACCCCCAGCACUAUUCCCUUUCUCCUGGCCCCUCUGUCAGCUCACCACCUCCCUGUUGCCUCAGUGCCAGCCAGGAUGCUGCAGAUGGAGUUCCAGCUCCAGUGAAGGCAGAGCUGUUGGGAGCCUCGGGGACCACAGCAGAGCUUUGAGGCACUCAGCUUUGCUGGGGUGCUGGAUCAGCACUGGGUCCCCCAAAGCGUGGGGUGCUCUUAUUUAUAGCUUCCAAAUUCAGUGCCCAGGGUGGUGGGUUCUCUGCUGUGCUGUCCCCACCCCUGAGCUGUGGCACAAACCCCAAUUCUGGCUGCAGUGCCCUGGGGACACAGUGUGCCUCUCAAGGCACAUCCAUGUCCUCCACUGCAUUUGCUGGCCAAGGGGCUGGGCUGCAGCUCUCCUAGGGGAUUUUGGGUGUUCCUGGCAAGAGCACAUCACCUGAUUUUGCAGCUGCCUUUUCCAUGUCUGUACCAAGGCGCCUGGCACCCCCAGCACACACCCAGGUGGGCUGGGCUCAGAGCUGCCCCUGAGCUGGGACAUUAAACAUCUCUCAACUUUCUGCCUUUGAACGCUUGCAGCAGCUGGAGCAGUGGCCACGUAGGGGGUAUGGGGGUGAUUUUUUUCUUUUAAUGAGGAUAACAAGAAAUUUGCUAAUUAAAGGAAAAAAAAAACUUUAAAAAAAAUACCCUGUUUGUCUUCCGCACAUCCUCUGGCCUUUCUUUCUCUUGUCACUGCCCAGUAGAGCCCAGGAGGUGACCCAUGGUCCCCCAGACUGAUCCCCAGCACUAUGUCACAGCUGGCUGCCAUCCACUAUCACCAGAAUAUACAUGUGGCCCAGGGGAUGCUCCAGGGCUCCUUUGGCUCACUGCUACUCACACCUCAGCUGCAGAGGAUCGCACUUGUUGGGACAAGGAGGGCUGAUCAUCCACCUCUUGGGGUUUUGGGCUGAGCACCUUGAGAUGCCCUCAGUGUCCUCUUGACCCUGAGCUGGGUCUCUCCAGAGGGUUGUGUGCCUUCCAAAACAUUGCUGUCCAGAGACAUUUGCUUCAGGGCGUUCAUCUCUUGGGACAGGUGCUGAGGAAGGCUGCUUAGACACCUUCAGUACCUGCAGAAGGCUGGGGCCUGCUUUGUACCACCACAUGGGUGAGCAGCAGAGGUGUUUGGAGCUGUUUCCAGCACCGCUUCACCUGUCCUGAUGGGGAAGGCAGGGCAGGGAAGGCCAUCCUGUGGGAUAAGCUGUGGUGCUGAGUGAGGUGGGGACCCUCCACAUGUGGCCCUGGAGUUGUCAUACCACACACUUUGGGCCUGUCCAACAUUGUGGGUCAGCCUUCAGUCCCUUGAGUUUCUCCUGCUCUAUCCCAGGCUGUUGGUUCCCAUGACUCGUGGAGAAGGCAGCAAUGGUCAAAGGGUCUGUGUUGAUUUGGAAUAGUGUGGAUUGGACUGAUAAAAAAGCCUGACUCUGUAUUAGAGCACCCUGCUGGGUGGGUCACCAUCCCCUUCUUGCUUGGGUCUGUCCUCCUGCUGCUAAAAUAGGUGCUGCUUCUUCCCCAGGGACAUAGGAGGUGGCUUGGCAUUGUGGUGGUGACAACCCCAGUCCCUGCUAGCCAGGAAACCUCCCAGUCCCAUGCCCUUCCUUGUGGGAACUGUUGCUUUAUGGGCCUGGAGACGUUUCUGUCCUGCCAGGAUGAGUUUUCCUCACCCAUGCUCAUGGCAGCAUCACCUGGAAUGUUGCCCAUGGCAAGAGGUCCUGGGAUUCAGCCACGAUGCCUUUGAGCUGGACUCAGGCUGGGGACAGAGGAAUUUGAAUUCAGCCUCCUUUGGCCACUCUUGAGCAAGACUUCACUUAGACCUCAGCUUGGGGGGCUGGCCUGGGGGAACAUGAGGGGGACAGGCUUUGCUUUAUGUAGCAUCAACCCAAUCACCUUAAAAUUAGGGAGCUCCUGGUAUAAAAGCAGUCCUUGAUCUGGCCAUGUGGCCAAAUCCUGAGGGCAUCUGGCUGGCAGAGUGGCAUCUUGAUCUUCCUCAGUUUAUGAGUUACUGAAAGAAAAAAAAAAAAAAACAAAAAACAAAUCAUGCUGAUUUAAUUGUCCUAGAUAUUUUUCCUUUUUUUUUCCAUGGAUGUCUCCCCCUUGACCCUAAAAUGUGCUGCUUCCAUGGAAAGGAUACCUUGGCAGCCCAGGAGCUGCUGUUUUGCAUGAAGGGCUAAAUUCAAAAGUGUCUCUGGGUUGGACUGCCAAAUAUUUGGGAUUUUUUUAAUAUCGACUUGGGUUCCUUUCUCUGAGGUACCAACUCCUUGAUGUUUCAGCCUAGAGAAGGUUACAGAAGCAACAGACUGGGGAAAUUGAGGGGACUUCCGAGGGGGAUUUGGGUUAGAAAUCUCAAAGAAGAGCUCACAAGUCUUGACAGUUAGGCAAGGGGGAAGGUUGAAACUCAGUAGACAACACCAGAGCAAGGCCUAAGCCGCCAAGGGCUCAUGGUUUGGGCUGGUCUUGGGUUCUCUCCUUGUACACUAAUCCUCAUUUCACCUCAAAAGCCAUGAUGCUGAAAGGAGACCCUUAAAAAUCUGAUGUAUUUGCCAGUGCUGCCACUGCUCCUGUUGUUCCCACCGAGUCCUGGCAGAUGUCACAGGGAACAGACACCCCAUGGCUUUGGCUACAAACCAUCCUGCCCUUUUCUCCAGAAGCAAAGGCUCAAACUGGGUUUUAAUAAUUUCUCACCCCUACCCACCCCCUCACCCUCCAUGGAAAGCCACCACAAUUUGCAGGGACAAGGCUCCAAACUGGUGCAAGAACUUUGCAGACCCAAGGGAUGGCAAAGCAGAGGUGCCCCAACCAUCAAACUAAGAGCCUUUACCCAGGAGUCAGUGAUGUCUGAGCCUCGUGUGAGGGAAUAAAUCUGAGCGGCAACUUGUAGCUGUGUCCUCUCACCAGGGACACACAGCACACAUAUGCCCUCAAAUAUCCCUUCUGCUGUUUGUUUUCCAGUCAGAUGGAGCACGUGGAGGGGGUGGGAUGGUGGGAAGGCAGGAAAUGUGGCCAUCACAAAUGUCCAGCUCUUAAUUUCAGAAAGUUCUGGUGACACACACGUAAAGACUUUGCAUUUGUAAAUUCAUAUUACGAGUCUUGCAGCAAGGCUGACGCUGUGGUGCUUGGGCUGGGAGCUUCAGAGGUUUAUGUGGAACAGAUUUCCCGAGAAAGCAGAGUCUGGCUCUACCCACAAUAGAACGAGUCGUUUCCUUUUUUAUUUUUUUCCUUGGGUUUGUUUGGUUUUUAUUAGUCCCAGUGGGAAAGCACACAGGGAGAUUCGUGACUUCCAUGCAGUUUCCAAGGUCUUGUAUCUUAUUUGCUGCCAGCACGCGGGGUAGGUGCAGCUUGGCGGGUGGGUUUGGAUGGGAUUCUGUCUGGUGGGAGACAAAUGUGGCUGGUUUCUUGGCACAGAGGGGGAGUCCUGGGCCGGGCUCUUGCAGACAUUCCCGGGGAGGGGGCGUUCCGCUGCUUCCCUUCAGACUAUGAUCUCCCAAUGAACUCUCCACUUCCCUGCUGUUCCUUUCUGUGCAACAAAGAGCUGCAUAUUUUCCUUUUUAACCCCCUGGGCAACCAUAGUAGUGUGUAGAUUAAGCCCAGAUGACUUUUUUUUUUGUUGGGUUUUUUGGUUUUGUUUUUUUUUUUUUGGUUUUGUUUUGUUUUGUUUUUUGGGGUUUUUUGGUUUGUUUUUUUUUUUUGGUCUGAGCCAUAGCUAAAUUAUUGUACCCAAUGCUUUUUGUAUCAGAUGGCAUCACUUUGAAUAUGCAGAUGAGGUAUAGGAUCUUGACACUUUAUAACCUUUUUAAAAAGAAACAUGUCUGUUUACUUAACGUCUUGUGUAAAAAGGAAAAAAAAAAUGUAUGCCUUCGGUAAUCACUUUUUUUUUGUUGUUUUUUUUGAGUUUUAUGAAAUUACAGUGGUUACACUCCAGCAGCAAAAUAAAAAGCGUUCACUGUUUUGUA